AUGGGCGAAGUCCGCGACACACUAGGCGAACUGAGUCAAGCCGUCGAGAAUGUUCGUGACGAUUCUCGCAGUACAGCCAAAAUCAUUCAUGGUCACUUUCAACAUCACGCGAAAGCCGAAACCAGAAAAGUGGUUUUUGAUUGGAUUUCGACUCGGACAUUCGUGCUUGAACAGACUGAUUUGCUCAAUAUAAGAUACGAAGGAACCGACACAUGGUUCCUCGAGUUCCAGAAUUUCAAGACUUGGUUAUCUUUCCCAGGAUCCGAGGAAUGUUGCCGUGUUCUCUUUUGCCUUGGUGGGAUAGGAGCUGGAAAGACGAUAAUCACGGCGACAGUGGUCGAUCAUCUUCAUAGCGAAUACAGAGACCGCGAUGAUAUUGCUUUUGCCUAUGUGUACUGCGACUACAAGAACCGGUUCCUGGACACUUCAUCGACACUUUUACGAUCUAUCCUGAGACAAGUCCUUAAGCCUUACCUUCCUUACCUGCCGAGUUGA